UAGCUAGUAAGGUGUGUAUGGCAAUACAUCUGGGAAUACUAGCAUGUACUUCAAGUUUUAUAUGCUAUUAAUUCUUAAGAGAAUAGGAAGCACACACAGUGGUUAACAGCCAAAGGCUGUGAAUUUACAGUGAUUUCUAACAGGAUUCAGAUAGCUCCAGGAACUUGACUAAUAAGGCAAACAAUGACUCUAAAAGUCUAUACAGCUGUUUUGUUCUUAUUCUUGGUCAAUUCUGUGUGGACUCGAAAUGUGAGACAAGUUUAUGAUGAGUUGGAUCCUGAGCAUUGGUCUCACUACACUUCUGAGUGUCCACGAGAGUGCUUUUGUCCUCCCAGUUUCCCUAAUGCAUUAUACUGUGAUAACAAAGGACUUAAAGAAAUACCUGCAAUUCCAGCAAGAAUUUGGUACCUCUAUCUUCAAAAUAAUCUAAUUGAAACAGUUUCAGAGAAGCCUUUUGUGAAUGCCACUCAUCUAAGAUGGAUAAAUCUGAACAAGAAUAAGAUCACCAACAACGGAAUUGAGAAUGGUGUGCUGAGCAAGAUGAAAAGGCUACUUUACUUAUUCCUUGAAGAUAAUGAAUUGGAAGAGGUGCCUGCACCAUUACCAGUGGGCCUGGAACAGCUAAGGCUGGCUAGAAACAAAAUCUCCAGAAUCCCAGAAGGAGUCUUCAACAAUUUGGAAAACCUUACUAUGUUAGAUCUGCAACAGAACAGUUUGUUGGACAGCGCUCUUCAAAGUGACACCUUCCAAGGACUCAACAAUCUUAUGCAACUCAAUAUAGCAAAAAAUUCACUCAAGAAAAUGCCUUUAAGCAUUCCAGCUAACACACUGCAACUGUUUUUGGACAACAACUCCAUUGAAGUGAUACCAGAAAACUACUUCAGUGCCAUACCCAAAGUGACUUUCCUUAGGCUAAACUACAAUAAAUUAUCUGAUGAUGGUAUUCCCCCAAAUGGGUUUAAUGUUUCAUCUAUUCUAGACCUACAGCUGUCUCACAAUCAGCUCACGAAGAUUCCACCUAUCAAUGCUCACCUUGAGCACCUUCACCUUGAUCACAACAAAAUCAAAAGUGUCAAUGGUACUCAGAUAUGUCCUGUCUCAAUUGCUGUAGCAGAAGACCAUGGUCUUUAUGGCAACAUCCCUCGCCUCCGCUACCUUCGCCUGGAUGGAAAUGAAAUUCAACCUCCAAUCCCAUUGGACAUCAUGAUAUGUUUCCGACUACUUCAAGCUGUUAUCAUAUAAAGAUAUCAUAGUGUCACUUUUGAGCUGUGAGAGUGCUAAAAUACAAGUUUUGCUGGGAUGAAACUUGCUGUAACUCAUAAAUCAAGAAGUAACAGCUCUUUUUUCCUUUAUUUUUUUUCUUUGCUUGCAUAUACAUACAGCUGAAAAGACUGGUCAUCUUUCAGAAGAUAUUUUGGAUAGACAUGAAACGUGCUUAACUUUGCCUAAGAAUUCCUAGUGUGAAUAUAUUGAAAAUCGCCUGUGUAAUAUCCCAAAUAUUCCAAAGCAAAUUCUCGCCUAGUCUGUCCUCCUUGUCGAAUACUAUAAUGUCUAUCCUGCUAACAUCAUUGCUACAGACAAAUUAUAUUUCUUAAUGUUAUUACAUAGUAAUUAACAUAAUGAAUGGGGGCUCUCUUGACUAAACAUACAUGCUUCAAAAAUCAUGAGUUGCAGAGCUACUAGCUAUCAGAACUGCCCCACUGUCUUUUUUAAGUUAGUGACUAAUGGUGAACAAUCACUUAGCAUGUAAAUGACUCAUAAAUUGCUGUCAUCAUUUGGAGACUGAUACUUUUACAGCAGGAAGUAUAUGAGACUCAGGGUCCAAAGCAGUAAGCGGCAUAGAUGAUGUUUUAUGGAUUAAUUCAGUGUAUGAUUUCAAAAUUAGAAUACACUGAGCCAACUCAAAUUCAGGAAAAUUAAUUUAAUGAGAUAAAAUCUUUAUGUACCAAAAUGCCAGUUUUCUGUAGUUUCAUUCUUCAGCAUUCCAUUUCUUGAUUUGACAUCAUUUCUUUCUGUACCUUUGGGAAAAUCACUGAAUAUUUAGAUCGUUUUCAGUUUCCAUAGAGAUAAAAACAGUAGCACAUAUUUUACAGACUAGGAACUUCCCAAAAGUUGGAAUGGUUGGUUAAUAUAAUGGCGAAAAAUAGGAAAUUAAGCCAUACAUCCUCCCCUUUUACACCUAAUUAUUCUAGCCAAAUAUUUGCAUAGAAAUUGUAUCAGUUUAAGCAAAUACUAUCAAGUCAAAGCAAUGUUUGUCUAUCUGGUGACUCUUAUACACACGUGUAAUAACACUGGAUUUUAGAGAAGUCCAGAUAUUUAGAAUGCAUCAAAUUCACAAUUCACUAACAAGGGAGAUAUUGGUAGGCAGCUUUUUAUAAAACUUGGCUCUAUUCUUUCCAUUUUUAUAAAUAUCAUUGGGAUUUCAAUAUACACUUUGAAUAUCAGAGUCUGCUUGUCACUAGGAGAGAACAACAUUUUUAUUUCUUGUAGCAAACAAAUCAGACUAUCCAUCAGUUGUUAUUUUAGUCUUCUUGUAUUUGUAGAUAGAAGCAAUUAGUUGCUCUUGGCAACCUAUGGCUUGCACCUACUUGUAAGAUUUUAAGACUGGCUUCGGUAUCAAACAUUUAAGAUUAUCCAUGUGUUAUAAUUAUUCCUUUGAAGAUGAAGCAUUUUCUUAGAAACACAUUUUUGAAAGGGUUGAGAAUGGCAAUUUCUAAUCCUUAAUACCUUUUUAUCUGAAAAUCAGGCCUUAUUCUGCUCCAAUGCACUUGUGGAAAUAACCCCGGUGCAGAAAUCCAGUAUAGAAAUAACUCAUUCAAAGAUCUUGUCACAAAACUCAUUUAUUUUUGCAGUUCUUUUCAUGUGAUUGAAGAGAAACUCCUGCCCUCCUAAGAAAAUAUUUUCUGUACUUCUGUGUUCAUUCUAUAUGGAAAAAGGCAGAUUUGAGAACUCUUUACAGUAUGUAUGCAUGUUUACCUAUGUUCUUUAUCAGUAAUAACAUAGUUAUUUAUUUUUUGGAAAAAAAAAAGUGACAAAAUACUAAUUAAAUUAUAACAAUGAUUAUGUGCUUGUACUUUGAAAUUAAUUUCUACCUCAAACACAGAACAAAUAUGCAUACUCCAAAGUGAAUAUUCACAAGCAUAUAUGCACAUUAAUAACAUUAUUUACAGUUCUAGCUGACAGUAUGUCAAAGUAUCUUGAAGUUCCAGCUAAAACAUAUGACUUUUUUAGGCACCAUAUAGCUUAGGAAAGUCUAACCCUUACCCAAAGAAUGUCAGGCUUACAUAUGAGAAGGAAUGAUGUGCAAAAUCAUAUAUGAACAACGGAGCACGAAGGUACUCAAUUUUCUUGAUAGGGACAUUAUGUGAUAAAAUCAGCAAUAUAUAACCUAAUAAAAUCACUUUUAAAAGUUAUUUUCCACCAAUUGGCCUGAUAUUAAUGCAUAUUUCCAAUCCACUUUAGGGCGGAAAGCCCUAUAAAUUAAUUCUCCAAAGGUCAGUGCUAUCUUAUGGAACAAUCUUUGGACACGUGCACAUCAAUGUGCAAGAUUUGUCUCUAGCAAAUCUUAGUUAAUCAGAGUGAAGACAAAAAUGCAUGAUACAUCCUUGGACAAGCUUUUAUUGUGGUGAGGAGCUGCUGCUGCCAAGUGCUCUGUGUUCCAUACCUUCGAUUGAACCCACUGACUCCACAUCUGGGGACUGUUUAAUAAAGAGAAAAUCCUACGUAUCUUCAUUCAAGCUACUUUGUCCCAUCUUGAUUCCCUCUCCCAGAAAGAGCAGUAUGAAGUAGAAUGCAAAACAGUUAAGUUAAUGAAGUGACCUUCAGAGGUAAAUCAACCUUAUUUGGGCGUGGAGCAACUUUCCUGUAUGGAUGUCUCUCUUUGCAACAGACUUAAUGUUCUUAAAUGUUCUGGGAAAGUUAGUGAAAUUUCCCUUCAGAUUACAACAACAGCAGGCCUAAAUUUCAUUACCGCCCAGAAUGAAACAAUGUAGGCUUUCAGCCACAUCUAAUCCAAUCCAUUUGUUAUUCCAGAAGACUAUAAAGGACAAUGAAAUACACAAUGAGCUUUUCCCUAAGACGAGGGUAAAAAGCAUCACUGAGCUUGGAACUCUGGUGGUGAUUCUUAAUCCAAAAUGAAUCUUAGAUUCCCAACUGAUAUUUCCUUGUUCAGAAAAAAUUUCAGUCUCUUCCAGUGCAAGGUGGGAGGAACAGACCUCUCAGCUGUCCCAUCUGAACCCACAGGUACCUUCAUCAAGCUGACAUGUGUUUUACUUAAUUAAUUAGAGCACACUGCAAACAGUGCUGAAUGGAAAAUCAUGUACAAAGAUGUUCACAAGAAGUAUGAGAAGUAGAGUACAAAGCAGGUCACCUUAAGAACAAUGUAGUUGUGGUCAGUCAUUAAAUAAACCACAGACAGCUAGUGCUUUGCCAGAAAUGCAUAUUACAUGCAAGUUAGUCUCAAAAUUAUGGUAGUUAACACGGAAUAGAUAAAUGUGCUGUCACCUCAGCACCUCAGACAGUUGGUCUGCAAAGAAAAGCAUUAAAGCAAAAUGAGGGGCUUAAGAACUGAGAAGUACUCAGACAUGUCUGCCAGCUUGACUGGAGGAUGCAUGCUGCUUCUAUCAAAAAACUAUGUGGUUUUAUAACACAUCUGGCUCUGCAGGAAGAAAAAUCUCUUAUAAAUACUACCAACAUAGUUAAAAAUUCAACCAUGUACAUGAAUCUUUCUUCUUAAUACUCUGGCAUUUUCUCUUUCUCAAUAUUCCAGGCAAUUUGCUACCACUUUGUUCUUCAAUAAUUUUAUUGGCAAACACUAGCACAACCAUCUGCAAAGAUGCUAGUGACCACAGCAUCCUGCAUGACUCUUGUAUGAAGGAGGAAAGUUAAACACUAAGAAGUAAAAAUUGGGAAGGCAACUAGAAAGACAAUUUAUAAGUUUGUAAUGACUAACUCCAACACAUAUCCAGUGUCAGCUAGUAUCCCAAUUCUGCCAUGUGUGGCAGAGAAUAUCUGUCAUUGUUGAAAUCAGCAAAUAAUCACCUUUCUCUUGACUGAAAUUCUCUACUAUAACUGCAUUUCUUUCUCCAGAACUCAUUGCCCACUUAAACAUAAAAGAUAGCUUCGAGGCACCACAUGUCCACAUAGUGAUACUCAGGAGUAGUACUAACCACUUCACGUCAAGCAUACAAAGCAACACAUAUCGUUAGCAUCAUGUUCUCCUUAACUAAUUUACCUUCUUUCCACACCAGCAGAGGUAAUAUUGCUUCUGGGUCCUGUGCUUGGUCUGUCAGUGCUCAUUCAAACCAAUCUACACUGUAGCAAAUUUGAAACCUUCCCCAAUACAUUUUUUUUCUUACCCCAAACUGUUGCCCACAGUCUAGGUAUUUGCUGUGCGCAAAUUUUUCCCACAGCAAAAUUUGCCCACAGCCAAUUUUGUCUUGGUUUCUGCAGCACACACAUUUGACAAACCUAUCUGCCUAUCGACUUAGUUUUAUUUCUUCAGAGCGUUUUAGCUUAAGUACGUUUAUGCAUGCUGAGCUAAUGGCUGUUCUGAUUUCAUCUUUUUCCUGGCAGUUCAGCUGCGUCUGGUUUUCUCUAGGGGGAACACAGUCCUGACCACCCCACACAUACUGCAGCAGAACAGCAUGCCCCAUUGCUCACAGCAUUCACACCUCCUGCUAUACACAUGCAUGGACCCAGGCUUGUGCUGUCAUGUAGACAGGUUAUAUCUGGAAAGCUCUUUUCCAAGACUUCCCAUCCGCAGACAUUUUUGUAGGAAAAUUAGUGAAGAAACUGGAAUCACAUCUUCCACAAAAAAAAGCUGUUUCUAAUUAGAGGUUGGGGCAAUGAAAGUUACGUGUAGAAUUAGCAGCUUUCAUUGAAGGUAGAUUUCUUUUCAAUAAACUGUUUAUUUAUUAAAAUAUGCUAUUAUAAUUUUUAUGAAUUAUUAGUGAAUUCAGAAAAAAAUAUGUAAAUAUUAUCAGCCACAGGAAAGAAAAAGAAUUCAAAACAUUUCUGAUGCAUUUUAUUUAAUAAUCCUGUUGCUAUGUCAUCCAUGCAGCGUGAUAUGCCCUUCUUCAAGUAGUGUAACCUUGCAAUUUGCCUGAAAUCAUGCUCCUACUACUAGGAAGCUUUUUUUUAAGGAGGAUAAUAUCCUUGUGAUGCUCUGCUUAGCUUCAGUGCUUUAAAUAAUCCAUUGAUUCUCUAUCCUGGCAGAGAGGAUGGCCUUCAUGGUAUUACAGGAUUUAGGCUCAAAUCCUUGUCUGAAUCAGAAGCAGAGUGAUUUGGAGUGUAGAUUUUUUUACUCUGAGGAGGCUGCUUGAGCACCAGACUAGAGGUUCACUCUGUUUUAUGAAUCCUAAGAUUUAUUUCUUUUAAUGACUGGAACUGCUUCAAACGAAAGAGACUGAUAGCAACCCUUCCCAAAAGGGUUUAGCAGCAGAAUAAGCAGGAGUUACACCUAAAAUGUAUUCUCUGAGAAAGCUGCCAGUCACAAGGCCCCCAAACUCUCUGCCUCUGAAUUACUGGACAAAUGGGGAAAUAAACGCUGUUGGUCAGAAUUUCCUCUGAAGGUCAUGGUGUUUUGGAUCUUCUCAAAAGCUAGUCAUUUAUGUAUUUGGUUUAGUUUAACGUAAGUUUUUUAACAUUCAAUUUAAAAUGCAGCAUAUAAACAUUGUGUGAAUUUUAUUUUCCAUGUCAAUAAGAAAAGAAGAUGAAAAUAUUUAAUUCUUACUCAAAUAAACAUAAAUAUUUUUGUAUUGGUUGAAGGGGAAUGGAUAUAACUGGAGAGGGGCAGAUUUAGGCUGGACAUAAGGAAGAAUUUCUUCACCAUGAGAGUGGUGAGGCACUGGCACAGGUUACCCAGGGAAGCUGUGGGUACCCCAUCCUUGGAGAUGUUCAAGGCCAGGUUGAAAGGACCUUGGGCAGCCUGACCUAGUGGGAAGUGUCCCUGCCCAUACCAGGGGAGUUGGAACUGGUCGAUCUUUGAGGGCCCUUCCAACCCAAACUAGUCUAUGAUUCUAUGUUUCUAUGUUUCUAUGUUUCUAUGUUUCUAUGAUUCUAUGAUUUUUCCAUGAAUUGUCAGGAGAAGGGUUUUCUGAUAAUGCAUAAUGAUAUGUCCCUUCUUUACCUUUCUCAGAAACAAACAUUAGUCUCAUGAUGUGGAUGGAUUUAAUGUUUUGGUUUUUUUCCAUACUGACUAUUGUGAUCAUUGUGAUAGUUAAGGGCGAGCUCUUCCAAAUUUACAGAAACUGUUUAAACAUAGGAGCUCAGGCACAGCCCAGCUGUUAUAAGUGUUGCUGAAAGCUCAUAUAAACAUAUCCUUUGUUUAAAAAAAAAGGGGGAGGGGGAUCUGCUUUGAAAACUGUUA